AUUUUUGCCAAGGAAUGGAGUCCGUCUUCUUCCGAACUCAUCAACGGUGACUCCCUCCGUACUACUCGUACUCCUUAUCCUUUCUGUCUCAUAAACCCCUCUAGAGGGUCUAGGGUUUUGAGCCUUUUUUUUCUUUUCAAUUCAAUAGACGCAUGCGAUGAUUUUUAUCCCUGAUAGCAAAAACAAGAAUGGUUGAUAAAAUCGUGAAGCGCAGGAAGGUCUCCAUCAGCGAGGACGAUCUCUCCACUCUCUUACAAAGGUAUACGGCGACAACGGUGCUGGCGUUGCUGUGGGAAGUGGCGCGUUGUCCGGACGUGAAUAUCGAUUGGGAGGCGUUGGCCAAGAAUACUUCAACUGGGAUUUCUGAUGCUCGCGAGUAUCAGAUGUUAUGGCGCCAUUUAGCUUAUCGCCACCCGUUGCUCGAUAAAUUCGAAGAUGGGGCUCAGCCUCUGGAUGAUGACAGCGAUUUAGAAUGUGAAGUGGAAGCUGUUCCCAUUGUUAGCACUGACGCUUUGACAGAGGCUGCAGCAUGUGUGAAGGUGCUGAUUGCUUCUGCUUUACCAAGCGAUUCUAGCCUCCCAAACAGCUCAUUAGUUGAGGCUCCAUUAACUAUAAAUAUACCUAAUGGCCCAUCAUCUAGAGCUCCUUCAGAAAAUCCGGAAGCCACUUGCUCAAUGCAAGGGAUGAACAUUACUAUUCCCUUCUCUGUUCAGAAACAGCCACUAUCUGCCGCUACACCUGCUGAAGGAUUGGAUGCGAAUGGGCCAGCCAAUGGAACCUUACCUCCUCGUAGGAAAAGAAAACCAUGGUCAGAGACAGAGGAUAUGGAACUGAUUUCUGCUGUGCAGAAAUUCGGUGAAGGAAAUUGGGCAAAUAUUGUACGGGCAGACUUUAUGGUUGAUAGGACUGCUUCGCAACUCUCUCAGAGGUGGGCCAUUAUUAGGAAGCGACGUGGCAACUUGAAUGUUGGAAUCAACUCCACUAGCUCACAACUUUCUGAGGCACGGCGUGCAGCUCAUCAUGCAAUGUCACUAGCCCUCGAUAUGCCAGUUAAAAAUUUUACAGCAGCUCGCCCUGCUGGCACAAACAUGAUCAGUUACUCCAUGCUUCCAACUACAACUGCAGAAGCUGCUGAGGUUGGCAGCAUUAUACAAGCCAAAGACAAGUCCCAUCAAGGCUCUGUUCCUACAAAAACAUCUCCAAUGGGAUCAUUGGGUUCCACAGAAAAAUCUCAAGUAUCCUCGAAGAAACCUUCAGCAUCUACCAUUGGUUCUGAUUCUGUUUUAAGAGCAACUGCAGUUGCUGCUGGUGCUCGCAUUGCUUCUCCAUCAGAUGUUGCAUCGUUUAUCAAGGCUACUCAGACAAAGAAUGCUGUCCAUAUCAAACCUGCAAGUGGUUAUUCAACCAAACCAUCCAUGCCUGGUGGUGUGUCAACUCUCUCAGAGACUCAAACUAAUCUACUUCAUGUUUGUCCUGGCCCCGAAGCCACACAUCCUGGUUCGGUAAAAGCUGCCUCGCCAACAAUUCAGCGUACUCUAUCUGCCACAUCAUUGAAUAGGUCAUCGGAGCAAAGUAAUGCUGUUUUAUCUACUUUGCCCCCUGAACAUUUGCCAAAGCUAGAGGUUAAGGCUGUAGAUGAGAUCAAAAUCAAAGAUGGAGCAUGUGUCUCAAGAAAUGCACAAACUGAGCAAAUUCAAGAGAAUAAAGAAUCCUCCCCAGAUUUGAAACCAGAGUUCGAAAAAGAAAUGACUGAUGUCGAGAAUUCUAGGAGUUCUUUGAACAUGAAGACAGCUGAAAGUUAUCACAAAGCUGUCAGUGACAUCCAGGCGGAAGUUAGACAAAGCACAGAUGAUAAAGAGCUUAUGACUUCACCAGUUAGAGGUGACAUUCAAUCUUCAGUUAAGGAGAACUGUGAGAAUCAGGGCACAGAUGAGAAACUGGCGGAUUUGCCAAGCAUUAUAGCAGAUAGAUGCGGUGAAAAGCUGGUGGUUUUAAGAAAAAAUGAGGGUGGUAAUGAGAUUGAAGAGGAGAAGAAGGUUAAGUAACUUGUGCAAAGUAACAUAAUUCUUUUGUGGGUCUAGGUUAAAUUUUUGUUUUUGUUUUUUUGUUUUGGAAAAAGUGUAAAUUUGGAUGUUGAAGAAUAUUGUGGAAGUGAAAUGAUGGGAUGAUGAUCUGUGUAAUUGUUGCAACUUUUAAUUUUCUUUUUUCCUCAUUCUGUUGAGGGAUGGUAUUACCAUGGAUGCAUUUGACAGUUCAAGAUGAGCA